GCCCGGCUGCGCCUCCUUGGCGGCUCCAGUCCAGCUCCAGCUGUUCAGUGUUCAGUGCCGCGCUGCCGUGCACGAGCCCCUAGUGCGUCGUGGAGUGAGUGAGUGUUCAGUGAUUUGUGUUUGGUCGGCGGUGGCGCCCGCGACACGAGGAGAAUGCGGAGUCUGCCAGUGCUGGUGCUGUGCUGCCUCGCGGCCGCGGCCGCGCAGCUGCCCCCGCGACUAGAGGUGCCGGGCGCGGCUCCGUCCCCGCCCCAGCGCCCCGCCGUGUACCGGCGGCCCGCCUCCAGGGCCUACCACCCGCGGCAGGUCGACGAGGACGACGGCCCCGCCCCUGCUCCCCCGAGGCCCGUGGUGCGAGUUCGGCGGCCCACGGCCCGCAGCCGCCUCCAGCAACAGCAGCAGCACCAACAACUGCAGCAGCAGCACCAACAGCAGCAGCACCAACAGCAGCAGCAACAACAACAACAACAGCAACAACAACAGCAGGCGCAGCCGCGGCAGGACUUCCCCGUGAGCCUCACGCCCAGGCCCGUCAGCGAGGAGCCCGAGGACGCGCCGGCGCCACCGCAGCCCACCAGGGACGAGGUCAACGCCAUCCUCCCCACGGCCAGCCCAUCCCCAUCCUCACCGGCCCCAUCCUCCCCUUCCGCAUUCUCCCCGUCUUCACCCUCCCCGUCCCCAAAGCAGGUGUCACCGGCCCCCUCGUCCCCGCUCCCCCCGCCGCAACCAGCGCCGGCGCAGCCGCAGGGCGCCUUGGCCGGCCGGUUCCUCCAGCCCGCCGUGUAUCGCAGCGCGCGCCCCCUCGGCGGCCCCCCACACCAGCUCCACGGCGGCUUCCGCCCCUCCAGCAGCGCCUCGAACGGUGCCAACGACGAGGACAACGUGAUCCUCGCCAGGCCGGCCAACCCACGCGCCUACCUGCCUGGUACGGGGCCCAACGCGCCGUCCUCGCCGCCAUCCUCGGCCUCCACGGCAGCACCCCUGCUGGAGUUGCCACUGGGCCCCGCGCCCCCUUCGCCAUUCGCCGACGAGCCCAAGCAGCCCGUGUUCAGACCCGCGCCAGCACCCCUCACCGCCAUCCCCGCAGCACAGCUGCAACUGGCCCAGCAGCUGGCUGCCCAACAGAAGCAAGCUGCUCAGCAGGUGUCCAGCGCCUCCUCGCCGGCGCCGACUUCCGUCCAGGACGAAGAGGACGAGGACGACGAUGAGGCCGUAGCCAACCCCAACCGGCGACAGACCCUGGUGCCGUUGCCGCCCUUCAGGACCACCCACGGCGGCAACUUCCUAGUGACGCCGUCCACCUUAGACUUCGACGACGACCUGCCCCUCGUUGGCUUCACGCCAUCCGUGCCUCGGCGCCCGCAGCCGCAGCAGCAGGUGUUCAGGCCGUCGCCGCCCCUCGAUCUGGACAACAACGCAUUCUCUCCGUCGCCGCGCCCCCCGCCGCCGCAACCUAUCCAGGUCAGAGCCGUCCCCGCAACCCUAGUACCAGUGGUGAUAAGAGCGCCCCACUGCGGUCACAGUUGGCGCGUGAGGUCAUAGAGUGAGAACAGUGAGAAGGCUGACCCUGCGGCGUUGGAGCCUCGCCCAUACUGGCUCUCGUGCUGGACUCUCGGGUGCGUUCUUUGAUCAACACCCCCGCAUAGUAUGGAUCUAGCUGCGUUACCGGAGUCAUGGGUAGCCGUGAGUGGUUCAAGGUCGCCAUGACCACCCAGUCGUAAAGCCCUUUUCGAAGUUGAAGCCAUCCCGUGUAGACUGUAGAGCGCUAUCGUAGAGGUAAGGCGGUGGUGGUUGAGGUUCAUUCAUUGUGAUUGGUGUUCAAAAGCGUUUCGUGUUUGUGUUGAUGUGGUUGUG